AUGUCAAUUUCAUUUGAUGAUAUUUUACAUCGAGCUGAUAAACUGUCAUCGACAGUAUUGUCGUCAAAAACAAAAGAUAUUCCAGAUCCAAAUCCUAUUAUUGAUGCAGCUCUAGACGACGUAUUUCGGUGUAGCGAAAAACUUUGGCAGAAAAGAAAGGGUACUGACAAGCAAAAUGCUGAAUUACAGGCAAGUCUGUUACUUAAUGAGCGUGGCUUUUCAUUGGGAGCCUUACCUGCUUGCUGCUCGGCAAAAAGUGUUUCUGGUGAUUUGUAUAGUGAGGAGCAGAAUUUAGUUAGUGUUCAUAGUAACCAAAUCAUUGAAGACGCUAUGGAUGUUGCAUCAGAGCGCGCUGCAGUUGAGGCUGAAAGAGCCUUUCUAAACCAACGUGUUAUCGAUACUGCUCAUCUCAAUAUCAAGUCGAGUAUAGAAUGUUUGAUUGAACUUCAGGAGCAGUCUGCGAUGAAUAAAAGAAUAGCCACGUCGCCGUCUACUGCGGAACUUGGUUUCGCGGAUGCUGUUUCCGACUAUGUUGUAAAUGGUAAUAUCAGCCGUUUGGCGUCAAAGUUCAAGGAUUCAGCAGUAAUGGAAAGAGAUGAAGAUAUAACUUCCAUAUGGGAACAAGGACUUGCGUUAGUUGCGAGUAACGUGGCAAUUCAAGGAAAUACGAAGGACUUUCGUUCAAGCCCUCAGUUCCACAAACAUGUUGUCGAUGCUGCUGUGCAGUAUUUAAAUAGACAUUUUGUAUCUCAUAUGAAGCUUGUGGUUGAGAGAAAUAUGGCUUUAGCACGUCGUGGCGGUGUUCCAAGCACUCUUUCGCUAGUUGACGCUUAUCUGAAUGUAAAACAUGUUCAUACAUCGCCCCAGAAUACCCAGGAUGGAAUAUACGGUCAAAAUGCCCAUCCUGUUUGGGAAGUGGUUUACUACUGUCUUCGAGCUGGUGAUUUUUCAGCAGCUGCGUCAGUCGCUUCAACAAAUUUGAAAAACUUACCUUCGUGUGCUGCUAUGGCGGUAGCACUAGAUUCUCUGCCACCAUCGAACAAGUUGUCAGGAGAGACCCGUCAAAAGUUAGCAGCAGAAUGGAAAAGCGAAAAGAGGACUUGUACAGACCUGCACAAAAAAGCAGUAUAUUGUUCUCUACUUGGCGAAGAUGCACCAGACGUAUGUGACAAUUUGGAAAGUUGGCUAUGGUUAAAACUGACCCCCAUGUAUGUUGAGGAAGUCAUAUCUGGCUCUGUUUUUUCUGAGCUAAGACGUCUUAUAUCUUACGAUUACGGAGAAGAUUAUUUUGUUGGUGAAGGAGGUAGUUCUGUCCUCUUCUUCCAAGCUUUAUGGUUAACAGGACAAUUAGAGAGAGCCAUUGAUGUGCUUUAUCGAGCUGAUUAUCUUCUGCAUGCUGUUCAUCUUGCUAUCCUCGCUUACCUCAAUGGAUUUCUUCUUGUUACCGACGACAUUGGCCUCCCUAUUUUAUCUACUCUCGCGGAUGACGUUCUGCAGUCCUCUUUAAAUUUUGCCCGACUGGUCCUUUUGUUUGUCAAGCCUUUUGAGUGUACUGAUGUGACACGUGCACUGGACUAUUUCUUCUUCCUUAAUAAAAUGGAAUCUCCAGCAGGGGGAAAUCUGUUUUAUGCUUGUAUAUCUCGUGCUGUUUAUCUGAGUGGUGAGACGGAGCGGCUGCUUGGCACGGUUGAUGAGAAAGGUAUUCGGUCCGAAGGAGUUAUCGAUAAAUAUUCGGCCUAUAUUUCUGUCCAAGAUGCAAUAGCAAAAGUUGCUUGCGACACAGAAGUUGGUGGCGAUAUUAAGCAAGCUAUCUUACUUUUUUAUGCUGCUGAUGAUAGAGAGGACUGUUUACGCCUAAUGUGCAAUCAUUUGGCAAAAGAAAUGACGAGUUCUGACGGGAGCUACGAAGCUCGAAAAUUGGCAAUUUGGAUAGCUAAUUUAUAUCGGAACAGUGCUGAAAACUGUUUGCCGGAGAUGCUUGCCACUUUGUUUCUUUUGAUUGAUUUUUCUACCUUCAUGCUGAAUUUCAACGAGGGGAAGUUUUCGUCAUGUAAGUCGAUUUUAUCGAAACUGAAAUGCAUUCCUUUGCAUCCUGAUGAUGUCCAAUCUUACGUUUCUGUGUUUCAUAUGCUUGCUGACCAAGUUCGAUUAGUGUUACCAGACAUAUGCUUAGCAGUGAUGAAGCUGUUGGUCGAAGAAAAUUCCAGGAAUCCAAGUUUGUCGGAAGAGCUAAAAUCUAAUGCAAGAGCGAUCAUACUUUAUGCAGCGAUGAUACCGUAUCGUUUCCCGUCUCAGAUUAAUUCACAAAUUUUACAGCUAAACACACAGCUUAGCUAG